AUCUUACAGCUGGAUGAAUGUGUUUCUACAAGCCUCCAGGACCUGGCUAGACAUGGUUGUCGGUUUCAUUUGCCUUCUACUCUCUCCACCUUUCAGACAUUAAGCAAGUUUGUGAUCAACAGAAGUCAUUUAGUGACUGAAAUGGCCCUAGCAAGUGGACACUGGGUUGAAAAGGUGAUCGGAGGAAUGCCACCUAGCCAAAGAGCUGGUCAUGCCGUUGCAGUCGCAGGAAGCAUUGCUUUCUUGCAUGGAGGCAUCUCAAACAUGAACUCCAAUGAAGCGCUGCCAAAAUAUUUCAAUGAUUUCUAUAUGCUUACUGUUACAUCUUCCUGUAUAACUUGGGAGAUGAUGCCUCAGAACGGCGUUGUACCGAAUGCAAGAGAAGGACACACACUUUGUGUUGUCAAAGGGAAACUGUACUUAUUCGGAGGCUCCUGCGAUCCUGAAGCAAAAGAAUGUCUCCCAGGUGUCUAUUGCUUUGAUGUUGUUACAUUACGAUGGGAGAAGCUGGACGUUGGAGGUGUGGCUCUGAAAACUCUCAGACACAGUUCAGCAGCUUUAGGGGAUAAUAUCUAUGUCUACGGAGGAAUUGUGGAUGGAACACCUACAGAUGACCUGAUGAUGUUCAAUACAGUGUCAAUGAUUUGGACACCUAUCAAAACAAGUGGUACUCCACCAUCUGCAAGAUAUAACCACACAUGUGCUGUAGUCAAUGAGGAGAUCUUCUUGUUUGGGGGAUGUGAAGCAGAUGGAUCCUACUACAAAGACAUUUAUGUGCUGAAUAUAGAGACCCUAACAUGGCAGAAAACUGAGGUAAAGGGCGAGUCACCGCUCUCCUGUGCGGGUCAGACCUUCACCACUCACCAUGACAAGGAUAUAUAUUUGUUUGGUGGAGCUAUAAAAGGUUCAGAUGGGAAAAUAUCAUCGAUAAAUGAAAUUCACAAGCUGAGCCUGGCAAAAAUGAAAUGGAAGGUACCUCUGUAUGUGGGAAUUCCUCCGGCUAGACGUCACGGCCAUGCAGCUUUUAUUAUUCACAGUCACAUGUACGUGUUUGGAGGCAAAAAUGAAGUACAGGAAUUCAAUGACCUGAAGAUAAUGAGACUAAUUAACCCAUCAGAGAGACAACCCGUCAUGAAGGAGAUUCUGUCUGAAUUUGGCCUUCAGGGUGUCAGUAACAGCUUUGUGCCGACAAAGGUUCCCAAUGUAAGGUAUGAGCUGAGUGAGAUGCCGUUAGUCAUGAAGGCCGAGAGAACGGAGUCAGCACAGCCCACAGCUUAUCAAGAUUUUGCAAUGGUUCGAGGUGAAGCAAUGGCCCUGAUUCAAAAAGCAUUUGCCAUUUUAGACGAACAGUUCCGUAAAUUAGACAGAGAAAAGUCUGAUCUUUCAGAAGCAGUGGAAGCUCUGCGUUGUGAGAGACAGGCCAUCAAUGAGUACCACCAGAAACAGAGCCAGGAAAUUCAGGAAAUGCUAGUGAGACAUCGACUUCAAAAUGAGGCUUGGCUACAAGCUCGGGCUGAAGAGAACGACAAGGAGAGGAAAGAGCUCUGCAAACUCAGGGAGGAAGUGCUCCUUGAGCAGGAGAAGCUGAAAGAAGAGCAGUGCAACAUCCAAAAACGCAGCGAGCACCUCCUGUCCAUUAUGCAGCAGUUCAAAGGCAUGUGAAAACACUGUCUCUAUGGCAACAGAAAGGAGGGGAGAGGGGGGCCCAGAGUAUUUUUUUGUUUUCCAUUGCACUUCUUCAAAGUCAAAGCGUGCUUGCUCGUGAACCAUGACGUCUAUAUGGACCACUGCAGAAAAUGCAGACGCUGAUAGUAUAUUUGCAUAAUUACCUUUUAGCAUCUUUUCUACAGAGUGACAGGAGGCAUUAUGUAAAUAAAAACAAGCAAAGCAAGCAAGAAAUAUGCAGACAUUUAGAAAUGAGACCCUGAAGGGAUAAAUACCAAAAAUAUGAAGAAAUCUCAAUUGUUUUAAAAUUAUAUUUUUAUUUAUAUAAAUUGCUUUAACCUUACAUACAAAGCUGAUUUUUUUCUUUGUUGUCAUGAUCAGAGGAAUUGCAUUAAAAACACUAAUUUUUGAUAAUGCAAAAAAUAAAUCUGGUUACUUUGAAAAUAUAAUUUUUAAACUUUAUUCAAUGAAUCCUGGAUUAUUUCAGUAAAUAUAAUAAAAGUUUAGGCAUUCCUGUCAGUAGGCUCAACCUUUCUGUUUUAAUCAUUUUGCAAUUCUUUUUAUUUUGCUACCAGUAUCAUAACUGUCUUGAAAUGUCUUCUGUAAACAAUUCUGGGCUAAAUAACAUUUAACAUUAUUGUUAUCAGUGCUGUUAAUAUUUUCACACUUAAAACAUUUGUUAAACUAUGUAUAAAAACAUGGGAAUCAAAAUCAGUAAUGUUUCCAAUCAUUGGGUAGCAAAGAUUGGGUGGGAGUUUGGGGAGAAAUAAUCAUGUAUAGGACAAAGACUGAACCUCACUCAGUUCCCUAGCUCCCUAGACUGUUACUUGGUAUAUCAUAUAUAUAAUUUCGGGUACUGGUUAGGACUCACUACACAUUGGGAGACCGAUCAUUGAAAUUCUUAAUCAACUUCAUUUCCAAAUACAUUCAUUAUUCAGCUUUUGUAUGUCAUAUAAAUUAG